CAAAAAAUUGUGAGUGGUCACACUGCGUGUAACUUUAGAGUGGAGUUUGUGAAGGUCGCAGGUCUUGAAAGUUUCUAAAUGUUAUCAAAUUCAGGUGGUGGCAAAGGCUUGCAUAUGAUUCUACCAAUAUCAGUAAAUUAUACCUAUCUAUUUAUGGACUACUGGGUAGCUUUUGCAUGAUAACUGAUGUGGUUUUGUACCGGUUUUUGAGCACGGUAAUACGAUCAUCAGUCGCUGUUAGGCCUAGGCCUAAAUGAAUUCUCCUAAAUACUACUACAGUACAGGUGUGAAGAGAAAAGAACCCAUCUUUGUGUCACAGUGGACAUCGCAGGCCUUGCGGUUGGAUUAUUGGAGCAAAUUUUUGAUUACUACCGCUUACAUAUUUUAUGUUUAUUGUUCACAAUAACUUCUGUGUGAUGCAGUUCAUAUUAAAGUUCAAGGGGCUGUUACUCCAAGUCCUAUUAACGUUAGUUUUAUUGUUUUUGAGCGAAGCAGUCGGGGAUAUUUAUUCCAAUCAGUUUGCGAUUCACGUCUAUGGUGGCGAACAAGUUGCUACCAGUUUGGCCUUCAAGUAUGGGUUCAGAUACCAUGGGCAGAUUAGCAAGUUAGAAGAUCACUAUCUGCUCUCACACCAGGAGGUGAGCAAAAGGUCAAAUAAAGUCAGCGAUGGAAAGCACAUGCUUUUGGCUCAAGAACCUCAAGUAAUAUUCUUUGAGCAGCAAAAGAUUUUGUAUCGGUCGAACCAUGAUAUAAAUGUAAAGAAUUUCAUUAUGUCUGAAGAAUGGUAUCCGACACCUGGUCAUCAUGUUUAUGAAGCCUGGAAAAAUGGUUUUACCGGAAAAGGUGUUGUUCUGUCUGUCCUGGAUGAUGGCAUCGAAUGGACUCAUCCUGAUCUAAAGGAUAACUAUGAGCCAAUGGCAAGUUAUGAUUACAAUGAUAAUGAUCCAAAUCCAAUUCCAAGAUAUGAUUCUUUAAAUAAAAAUAACCAUGGUACAAGGUGUGCUGGAGUUGUGUCUAUGGGUAAUAACACCAUAUGUGGUAUCGGAGUUGCGUAUGAAGCCAAGAUUGGUGGUAUCCGUAUGCUUGAUGGUGAUGUCACAGAUGCUAUCGAAGCAGCUGCCCUAAGCCACAACCCACAAGUCAUUGAUGUAUACAGUUCAAGUUGGGGACCUAAGGAUGACGGUAGAACUGUUGAUGGACCAGGAUUGUUAGCAAAGACUGCACUUGAAAGAGCAGCGACAAAGGGUCGGGAUGGCAAAGGUUCGAUCCAUGUCUGGGGAUCAGGCAAUGGAGGUCCAUACAAGGAUGAUUGCAACUGUGAUGGUUACACUAAUAGCAUCUACACGCUGUCUGUUACCGGGGUCUCGGAGGGUAGCAAAAAAUCUUGGUAUACUGAGGAAUGUUCAUCCAUAUUCGCUACAACCUACAGCAGUGGUGAUGUUACACAAAGACAAGUAACUACGGACUUAAGAGGAGAGUGUACAGACCGACAUACAGGCACUUCUGCCUCGGCUGCAAUGGCCGCCGCGAUAUGUGCACUAGCUCUCCAAGCCAACCCGGACCUGAGUUGGCGAGACAUGCAGUAUAUUGUAGCUGUAACAUCACGUCAUGAGUCACUACAAGAUGCAGACUGGAACAAAAACGGAGCUGGAUACUUUGUCAGCAAUCGAUAUGGGUUUGGCAUGAUGGAUGCUAACCAGAUGACACAGCUUGCUAAAGUCUGGAAACCAUUACCAAAACAGAACAUAUGUGAAAUUAAAGGGGAAAUCCAAAAGGGUACAUUGUCAAGUGGUCAAAGAUUGAAGUUGCACCUGACUACUGACGGGCAAUGUGGUAACCAGGUGAAAUAUCUGGAGCAUGUACAGGUACGCAUCACUCUCGACUACAGUGCACGUGGCAACCUUUUCAUCUCAUUGACCUCUCCGUCUGGAACACGCUCACGUUUACUGAGUGGUCGACCAAAUGACGUGGACGCUGGUGAGUUUGAUGACUGGCCCUUCAUGACUACUCACAGCUGGGGAGAACUGUCUAAUGGAACAUGGACACUGGAGAUUGAUGAUCCUAUAGCAGACUCGCACCAUUCAGGUGAACUCUAUAGUUGGUAUCUUGUUUUGUACGGCACCGUUGCUCCGCCAAGCUUGCGAGCAUCUAACAUCAAUCAAGGUGUUGAUGUUCUCGGCAGGAAAGUGCGUGAGGUGAAAACAGACGACAGUUUUGAUGAUUACUAUUCCAGUUAUGAAUACCUGGCAAAUUGUCAUGAGCAGUGCUACCCACCAGCUGGAUGUUCUGGGGAAAAGCCAGAAGAUUGUUUCAAGUGUAAAAAUUAUCGUGAUAGAGAUACAGAGAAGUGUGUCAAAGAAUGUCCUGAUGGUCAGUUUCCACCUCCUGAGAGCCACCAAAGGUGUCGAUACUGCAGCAGUCAUUGCAAAACAUGUUAUGGUCAUGGGGCCAACAACUGCUUGUCCUGUAAUGAUGACCUUUAUUUGAGAGAAGAUACAGCCAGGUGUGUACCAGCUUGUGAUAAUGGUUUGUAUGCAGAUGAAAGCAGAGUGUGUAAGGUGUGUGACUUGACGUGCUAUACAUGUGCCAACAGCACGACCUUCUGCACCAGCUGUCCAAUUGGUCUCUACCUAAAUUCACUGAACAGAUGUGUGACGGAGUGUGAUGAUAAUGAGUACCUGCAUUAUAUCUCGGAUGAUGGACAAUGCCUUGAGUGCGAUGUCGCCUGCACUACUUGUAAUGGACCAGGACCUACGCAGUGUCUGUCCUGCAAACCAGGCUAUGUCAAAAAAGACGGUGUUUGUAUCGAAUAUAGGUCUUGUCCGUCAGGCUAUUAUAUUGAUGAUGAUAAUUGUCUCAGGUGCCACCCAGCCUGUAGUGAGUGUAUUGGUCCUGAAGAUCAAGACUGUACCCAGUGCCCAGACCAUUAUGUACUUGUGGGCAAGCGCUGUCAACAAUCUUGUGGAGAUAAACAAUAUGUUAAUGAAGAGGGAAACUGUGAUGACUGUCUAAGUGGUUGCAAGACAUGUGUAACCAGUAACUCUUGUAUUGAAUGCCUUGAUCACUGGGUUCUGAUUAAUGGACGUUGUCAGGAUGGAUGUCCGCUUAACAUGUAUGAGUUGGACUAUGUAUGUUACAGUUGCCAUAGCACCUGUAGUCAGUGCACAGGAGGAGAUCCACACGAUUGCAUUAAAUGCAAAACAGUUCAACGUUAUCUGUUCAACCAUCGGUGUCUGUUGGCCUGCCCCAAUGGCUACUUUGAGGACGACAACCACAUAUCCGGACUGCAGUGCUCAAAAUGUGAUGAGACUUGCGCAUCAUGCCACGGGCCUUCAUUUAAGGAUUGUGAUACAUGUAUGGAUGGUUUGGUGAAGGAUACAGAUAGUUCCAGAUGUACUGAGGGAUCAUUUACAUGUUCUACAUCUUGUAUAACCUGUUCUGAUGGUUGGCUUUGCACAGCAUGCGAUAAUACAACCUUCUUGUACAACCGAGAUUGCGUCGAGCAAUGCCCUCCAAAUUUUGUUGCUUUAACUGAUAUAGGCAUUUGCGGUGCCUGUCACCCUUCAUGUGACACAUGCGAUGACAUAAGUCACCAUAACUGUGUAACAUGUAUCCCAUCAUACUUUAAAACACCUGAUGGCACAUGCGAGCCAGACUGUAUAUGGUUUGAUGGUACUUACCCAAAUCUGGAUACUAUGGAAUGUUCUGCUUGCGAUAGUAGUUGUGAUCAGUGCCUUGGACCUGCGGCAGAUGAAUGCGUGGUCUGUGCAGACGGACAAUACCUUAAGGCUUUAGAAGAUGCAUCUGGAGCUGUGAAGCAUAAGUGUGUGGAGGCAAGUGAAUGUGGUCAUGACUCGUACGCGGAUGAGGUCAUCAACGAAUGCAUCCCAUGUUAUCCAACAUGCCACAACUGCACUGGACCAGGAGUUCUUGAUUGCAUCCAGUGUAAAGAGAAUUUUACCAGAGAUCUAUACGGUAUUUGUCGGUCUAUUUGUAACAGUGGCCAAUACCCAACUAGUACUGGCUGCAAAGAUUGUCAUGAUUCCUGCCUCAGUUGUCAAGGCGACCGAGAUUCUGACUGCCUUACUUGUGAGGUGACAAAGUUUUGGAUGCCAACUGGAGAAUGUGCUCCCCAUUGUGCAGAUACUUACUAUCCAGACUUUCAGGAUAACAUCUGCAAAUCAUGUUAUCCAACUUGUCAGACCUGCGUCAGUUAUGAAGAUUCGGAAUGUUUGACUUGUAAAUCAGGGUAUUAUCUUCAUAUGGCAAGAUACUGCAAAGCCCAGUGUCCCGAAGGAUAUUAUGAAUAUGAUAAUAAAGUGGAACCACGUAAAUGCAGGCAAUGCUCAGUAGAGUGCACGGAUUGUACUGGAAACUACCUUAAUUGCACAAAGUGCUAUGCUGGGGAAUUCCUGCAUCAAGGUAGAUGCCUUGAUCAGUGUCCUGUUGGAUAUGAAGGAGUUUCAGGUGACUGUGUCGUUCAAGGUCACAUUGAAGGUUACCGCUGCCCUCCACUUUGUCAAGAAUGCUCUAACAACUUAUGUACAAAAUGCAAUGACGGCUAUACAUUAUACUAUGGAGGGUGCUUAUCAAAUAACUGUGAUGCUAAAAAAUACUUUAAUGGCACCGAUUGUAAGGACUGUGAUGUAACCUGUGAGACUUGUUUAGGACCAUCCAAUGCUGAUUGCCUAACCUGUCUAUCUGGCAACCUUCUUAAGAAUGGAUUGUGUGUAAGCAAUUGUCCAGAAGGGUCCUACAAGGUAGAAUCCAGUGAUGAAUGUGGUGAAUGUCAUCCAACCUGUAGGAACUGUGACGGCCCAUCGCAGUAUGACUGUCUUAAAUGUCAGAAUGAUAUGUAUAUGAGCUUUGAUAACUCAUGCCAUAAUGAAUGUCCACCAGGUUUCUACUACGACAGUGAAAGUGAUUGUCAACCAUGUGACAAAACCUGCAGAACCUGCAACGGCCCUUCAGCUCAAGAAUGCAUUGGUUGCCCAAGGAACACCUACUUACAUAAUAGUGUGUGCUUACAUUCAUGUCCAAUCGAAAGAGGAUAUUACCACUUCUUGGUGGAUGAAUUUGAAUAUGCAAGCAGUACAAAUGAAUGCCGAAGGUGUAGCAACAAUUGUCAGAUGUGUUAUGGGGGUAAAGAGGACGAAUGCACCUCAUGUAAAGAGCUUUUGUUUCUCAAAGGCAACGAGUGUCUCAUCAACUGUGGCUUAUCUUUCUACGAAGACUUACAUUCAAAUACAUGCAAACAUUGCCAUAAGAGCUGUGAAAGUUGCAGUGGUUCGACUGAUGUAGAUUGCUUGACUUGUUCAACAAAUAAAUUUCUGAUGGAGGGUAAAUGUUACGAUACUCGACCUCCGCAUACUUACUGUAUUAAUACAGCAUACAGUAAAGAGUGCAGACCCUGUCACGCUUCCUGUCUCACCUGUAGUCUCGGUGGAGGUGUGUUUGAUUGUGAAUCAUGCCAUCCGGGUCAUAUAAUGGAUAAUGGUGUAUGCUAUCCUCGAUGUGAAACUGGAACCUACUUUAAGAACAUGUCUAGUGAUGCUUCUAUUGAGGAUAGUUGUGGAAAAUGUCUUUCCCCUUGCCAUGACUGCUAUGGUAAUAGGUCUAAUGAAUGCAUAACUUGUGUGAAAGACAAGAAAAUUCACCAUGUUGACAAAAAUCAUCAUUAUUGUGUGAGAUGUUGUGAAGAUGGCGAAAAACUAGUGGAAGGCACAUGCUGUGAAUGCAACAAGAAAACAGAUCGCUGUAGACCAGGUUUAGGGAAGGAGGACGACAUUUACAAAGGAGCAAAUAAUAAGAAUAGGGAAACUGAAGGCAGCCCAGUAACGGCUAUUGUUCUAUCAUGUUUAGGUGUCAUCCUCCUCUUCUUUGUUAUUUUCGGUUUGUUACAAGCUCGAAGUAAUCGGAACUGUUGUUUUGCUCCAUCUUAUGAGCGUUUACCUACAUAUUACAAUGGCUCUAACGUUCAAGUCGUGCUUGCAAAAGAACCUCCAAUGCCAAACAGACAUGAGUACAUGUCACCAGAUGAGGAGGAGACAGAUGAGUAUCCUAGCGAUGACGACGACGACGAUGCCGAAGAAAUUUACUAACAAAUUUCCAAAACAUUCUUAAAAACAGAAGUGUCAACAGAACAGACCUGACAUUAUCAACUUUAAAAUUAAUUUGUAUUUUUCUAACUCCUUUUAUUUUAAAAAUGCUUUUGCAGUCCAUAUUUAAGAGAAGUAUUCAUUCAUAAUACUAAGGAAAUAAGUAAUAGUAUACAAUGAUUUAUAUAGGAAAAGUAAAAUUGUUGCACAAGAUGCUAUGUAAAGAUUUUUUUUGGCUUGAGUACAUUUCAUUGUUACAUUUAGCAAACAUGUGUAGAUGUGAGAUGGUAUCAAGCCAAUCACAGACUCAAGUGAGCAUAGAUUGAUUAAAUGUGGACCUGAAAUUAAUUACAAAUUCCACUGAGCAACAGCCUGUUUAACCAUAUCAGGGUCACAUUUCACCUUAAAUUAUUUGUUUUAUUUGUAUAUUUUUAAGUACAGUAAACUACAUUGUGUUUAAAGAUGGAAAAAAAAAUUAAGUUGGAAUGCUCCUUAAAAAUGCUUUAACCAGAUAUAAGAUUCUUCCACUUUGUUUAUAAUUAACCUUUAAAUAGAAUUAUAUUCGCACAUUAAUUUAAAAAAACAAUGCGGUUAACAACAAAAAUUACUGAUCAUAAAAAUAUAAUUUUGCCUAUUAUUAUAAUGGCAUUAUUGAAUACAAAAUUUGAAAUAUUAACAUAAAGAUAUAAAGAACAAAUAUCAAUAUGUACAUAAUAUUAAAUAGAUUAGAUGUUUGUAAGGCUUGGGAAAUGUAAUUGUUAUACUUUGAGAGAUUUAGUGAUAUGGUUGGAACCAGGAUUGUGGUUUUGUAAGAAAGGCACCGUAACCAGUAGUCACAUUUUCCCUCCUGAAAGAGAUGCAGAAUCUACACCACCCAAACCUUGCAUUCAUGUUGCUUUACCUCAACUUUGGAUAUACAGUGAAAUAGUAUUCAGUGGCCCAGUAUUUACUGUACUCUGAACCUUCCUCAGAGGAACAAACCAUUUGUAUCUAUAAUUUGAUAUGCUGUUGUCAGCUUAAUAUACGGUUAUCACCUUGUCUUCCAAUCCAUUACCAUUUUCACACAUUCCAUGUACCAUCACACGAACAGAUGUUUGUAUAUAAAUGAAUAGUAUAUGUCUGUUUCUAAUGUUCAUAACUUGUUGAAUGUUUAGGAAAAAGGUGAUUUAAAAAUAUUUGUACUUAAUACCUUUUUGUACUUAAUAAUAAUAAAGUGUUUCUUUUUUUUUUUUUAGUAAUUUGUUAGUCAGCAAAACCUUUAAAACUGUUUUGUUGUGAAGCCAAAUGUAUUAUAUUUUAACUGAUUUUUAUUGUUUAUAAUAUAUUGUUUUGUGUGCUGUUUUGUGGAAAGUAUACAGCAUAUAAGUAAGAGCAAGGUGAUGUCUUCCAAUAAGUUCUUGUACUUCAAUAAUAAGAAUUGAUUUUUUUUAAUAUUGGGGUUUGUACAAGUACAUCACAUAGCCUAAUAGGUUUAAAUUAAUUUAGAAAAUAUCAAUAAUUAUGAAGGUUGCGGGCUUAUAAACAAUGUAGCUAUUUUUAAAUGUCAACACUUCAGUUUUGAAAUUCUACGUACUACCAUCUUAAAUUAAAGUAUCAACUCUGGAGGAAAAGAAAACCUUAGAGAAAAUCAUGGUCACACAUUAAAAAUACAACUCAACUCCGAGGAGCCCAUCUGCACUUGGUUUUUAUCCUGCUGCUAGCUGGGUGAUUACUCAUCCUCCCCCCAGCAGAUGCAUCUGCUAGUUGCUUAAAGGCGCAUUGUUUAAUAUUUGAUAAUAAUUUGCUUCAUCGUGUAUAACAUUUUGCCAAUAAAUAUAAUCGUUAAGCAGUUAAAAUCAGUUUUUAGGGGGCAAUAGUAACUCCAUAUUAUUACAUUUGUUUUUUCUAAGUAUAUUAAUACAAUACACAAGGUCUUAAAGGCUGGCUUACUUAACACACAUUUUUUCAGAUAACUGGUUGUGGUGAGUUUUUUUUUUGUAUUUUUAUACUUAGUAGUUUGACCAUACAGUAGUGGAUUGGCAAUUUUAAAAAUAAGUAUUAUUUUGUAUUGAUGGUAAGUCCCUUGAAUGUUGAUACAGACUUUAAUGCACGUUUCUUCCAACCAAUGUGUGCGUACAAGUUAUAAAAAAACCUUUGAUUGUAUAGCAAUAUAAAAAAGAGUAUUAAUAUUUCAAUUUACUAUAGUGCCUUGAUUGUUGAUACAUAUUUUGAUUGAAGUUUCUUCCAACCAAUGUGUGUCUACAAUUUACUUAAAAGCCUUUGAUUGAAGAACUGUAAAAAUAAAUUAAUAUUUCUAUUGAUGAUAUGCCUUAAAUGUUGAUACAGACUUUAAUGCAAGUUUCUUCCAACCAAUGUGUGUCUACAAUUUACUUAAAAACCUUUGAUUGUAGAAGUGGAAAAAUGAAUUAAUAUUUCUAUUGAUGAUACUGAAUGUUGAUAGAGACUUUGAUGCUAAGUUCCUCCAACCAAUGUUUCUCAACAAGUUACAUAAAAACCUAUGAUUGUAUCAAUUAAAAAAAUGUUUUGAUACAGUACUGUAUUUCUAAUCAUUAUAAAGUGCCUUUAAUGUCAAUACAGACUUUGGUGCCAAUUGUUAUUCCAACCAAUGUGUGUCUACAAUCCAUGUAAAAAAUUAUUAGUAUUAUUUCUAUGCAACAGGGCCUUGAAUAUUGAUGUAAAGCUAUUAAAGAUGUAUUGCCACUUUAAUGUAAUAUAAAAUUGAAAAUAAAAUGGAUUUCUUGGUGCAUUUCAAUAAGUCACUAGCUUCCAACUGAAAAUUAUAAGAAUAUAUUCGCCAAUUAAUUAAAGGAUGUCAUCUGGCAGCAAAUGUUUGUUUUUUGUGAAUUUUUGUAGUAAAACAUUUCAAAAUCAUAGGAAGCUGAUAUUUUUUAUUUAUUUAUGAAUGUUGAUAAUUUAUGUGGUUCUUUAAAAUGAACAAUUUUAAUUUUUUUGACCUGUAUUUUAAUUUCUUGGGUGGCAGUAUAUGCUUUAGUUUACUUUAUUUUCAACAUUUCAAAAAUUUUAUGUAUUAUUCUAUUUUAUUUUCAAUAUUUCAGUAAUGUAACAUUUCAUGACUUCCAUACUUUAACAUGCUUUUUGAUCUGCUUUUUUAUAUACUUAUAUAUUUGCCAAUCUUUUUAGAAUGAAAAAUCAUUUAAAGAAUGUUAAUUUUUUGAAAAAAUAAAAUAAUAGCUGUUUAAA